AGUCUUCUUGCAGACCAGAAUCGCAGUUGCUUUGUAGUACGCGUAUACACCAACACUUUGGCUGCAGAAUUACUUACCCAGAUCAUAACAAUAAUACACAGCGAUCGCUCGCAGUUCGCGAUUUUGUUUACCAAGUAUAACACAAUUUGGGUGACCUUCCUCGAGGUGCGUGUAAUGCACAGAAGACGUGGAUUCACGAGAUAAAUCGUGUCUCGUCCGCGGAACCCAUUGAACGCGUGGGCAGCAGCAGUGGCAGCAGCAGCUCUGGAUGUCGUCGUUGCUGCAGCAGCACACUAGACGACGUCCAUCUCGGUAUCGAUCGACGAUCAUGUAAUGACGUAUUAACCAUCGACGAGAUAAAAUCCCAAAGUUAACGCGAUGGAGGUUGUGGGCGAUUACGAGUACAACAGCAAAGACCUCAUCGGUCAUGGUGCCUUUGCCGUUGUCUUCAAAGGCAGAUGCCGUAAGAAACCUAGUUCUGUGGUAGCUAUCAAGAGUAUCACUAAAAAAAGCUUGGCAAAGUCACAGAAUUUACUGGGAAAAGAGAUAAAGAUUCUAAAGGAAUUGACUGAAUUACAUCACGAAAAUGUCGUUGCACUUUUGGACUGUAAGGAAUCUAGUCACAAUGUCUUCCUAGUCAUGGAAUAUUGCAAUGGUGGAGAUUUAGCUGAUUAUUUAGGUGCAAAAGGGACUCUUUCUGAAGCUACGAUUCAAAUUUUUUUAAAACAGUUGGCUGGUGCAAUGAAAGCUCUGCAUGCCAAAGGUGUCGUUCACAGAGAUUUAAAACCACAAAAUAUACUUCUAAGCCACAACUGUGGUAAAAUGUGUCCUCAACCAAAUCAAAUCACUCUUAAAAUUGCUGAUUUUGGUUUUGCUAGAUUUCUCCAAGAUGGUGUUAUGGCUGCCACUUUAUGCGGUUCACCAAUGUACAUGGCUCCAGAAGUCAUCAUGUCUCUUCAAUAUGAUGCGAAAGCAGAUCUUUGGUCCUUGGGGACCAUUGUUUUCCAAUGCCUCACAGGCAAAGCUCCAUUCCAAGCGCACACACCUCAGGCCCUGAAAAUGUUCUAUGAAAAGAAUGCGAAUUUGGGUCCCAAAAUUCCACCGGGAACGUCACCCGAGCUCUCCAACCUCUUGAUGAGUUUGCUGAGGCGCAACGCUCGUGAUCGUAUGCCCUUCGAUGAAUUUUUCAAUCACCCUUUUCUACAAGGUCCGCAUCAGUCGAGCGUCAGUCCGGUACCUGUAGAAUUGCCCGUGACGCCGCGCGCAAUGAUCGCCCACGAGAGAAUAUCUGGUGGCAUCAGAUGCGGCCAGGACAUCAACAGUCCUUGCUCCAGUCCGGACGAUGAUUUUGUACUGGUGUCCAGUGAUCUCAGCAGUGAUCUGGACAACAAUACGAAUCCUCAGCAAGUCAGAUACACAAAGGCGAACAAUCGCGAAGCGGCGGCCAGUCCUCCUCGACCGAGUUAUUUGCCGAUCACCGAACCGAUUCCCGUACCGUCGCAGCAGCAGCACUCGCAGCCCCGAAACAUAGCAACGAACAAACCAUCGUCGGCCGCGACGACGACUACUACUACAACAACUCCCGGUGCAUCGGCGGCUGCGGCGGCGGCCUGCGGUCCCGACGGUGCCUCGGUGCCGCGCUCCCAGCCCAUCAGCAUGAAACGAAACAAGGACGUGGUGAACGUGGCGGACGUCGGCUCGCUGAGUCCGCCCAGCGUGCAAUUCGCCAUCGGCACGCCACCGGGCGGUCGCCGGCUGAGCGAGACGCCGCCGCCCCCGGCCACCUGGCAGGUCAGUCCCGUGGCGAAGCCCGGACUGCAUCACGGCUCGUCGUGCUCGUCGCCGUUGCGCCGUUCCAGCAGCGGUGGUGGUCACGGGGGCUCGUCGCCACUCCUCACCGGGCCCCUCGCCGCCGUACUCGGCUCGCCCAGCGCCAAGAACGCCCAGGACAACAACAACACCACCACCCUGAGACAGUCGCCCGUCAUACCGUUCGGCACGCGGGCCGUCACCCUGCCCGAGAUCUCGGAGGCCGCGGGCGGUCUGCAGCAGCUGUUCCCCGAUCUCGCCAACGCCACCGGUCUGCCCAUUGCUCGCGCGAGCAACAUCUACGACCACGACGCGAUACCGUUCCUGCACCCGGAGCUGCCCGAGGAGACGCUGCUCGAGCGCGAGCACAACGAGAUCCUGGCCAAGCUGAACUUCGUCGUGGCCCUCUGCGACUGCGUCUGCGAGGUGGCGGGCAACAAGCCCAAGGUCGUCUCCGAGGAGAUACUGUCGGGCAACGAGCCCCAGGUGAACAGCGCCACCACCCGGAGAAAAGCCGAACAGGUGAUACUGCUGGUCAGGGCGCUGCAGUGGCUGAGCUCGGGAUUGACCCUGGCGACUCAGUCGUUGAAGGCUGGUAGGCUUCAGCCAACCACUAGCGUCAAAGAAGUGAUAAACACGAUGAAUGAAAAAUUCAAGGAAUGCUUGAACGAGUGCAAAUCUUUGAAUACAUCCGGACUUCUUCGCCAAUCUGGAGCGACGGCUGACAAAAUUCUCUACAAUCAUGCUAUACAAAUGUGUCAGUCAGCGGCUCUCGACGAGCUAUUUGGAAAUCCAGCCGAAUGUUUCCAGAGAUACCAUACCGCGCAGAUCCUGCUGCACUCCUUAUCUCAGCACGUCAAUCACAGCGAAGACAAAGCACUGUUGUGCAAAUAUAAAGACGCCGUCGAGAAACGCCUGUACGUUCUGCAGCAGAACGGCUACAUUUACGCAACGGAUACGACGUAACGCACGAAGGGCGGACCGUUCGUCAGUGCACGUCUAUCGAUUACAAUUAUCCCGCGCAGCUUGUAUCCAGCGAUGAUUCUAUAAAAGUCUUUUUAACGAAUUAUAAAGAAAUAGAAGAAGAAGAAGAAGAAGAAGAAAGUCAACGACUAAACUAAAUGCAUAAUUAUUGUAAGCAUAUAUAAGAUGAAGUGUAACUUGAAUAGUUUUUAUUUUCUUUACAAUGAUUGUUUAAUUGCGACCGGAUAUCAGUGAUCUUUUUAUUUAUACUUAUAAUAAGUAUAUAUAGAUAUGUAUACGUAAUACAUAAGCCUGUGGAAAAAU